GGCUGCCCAGGGGAGCGGGGCCGGGGACAUGCCCAGGGAGGCUGCGGAAGGUAGGCUGGCAGCAGCGAGGGGUGCGGGUCCCUGGCACCCGGGGCAGCUGUGCCACUGGGGCUGCUCAGUGGCAACGGCCAAGUGCUGCCCACCCCACAGGGAUGCCAGCCCAGGGAGGGAAGGGGUGCAGAGUGCUGCGGGACGGAGGGGACAGCGGCGGGCACAGCACCGCAGGCUGCAGAGGGACAGGCGGUGGGGGCAGCCUGCAGCGAGGGGUUGGGCCCACAGAGCCUGCAGGGUGCUUUGGGGGGCCCGGGAGCCCCCAGCCCCAAAGGGUGCUGACCUGGUGCACACCAGCCCCUUGGAGCCCUGACCCUGGGUGCAGGCACAAGGCCGUCAGCCCUGCCCACUGCUCACAACCGUGGAAACGCCAUGAAAACAUCCCCCCGCUCUCCCCCAGCUGCUUCCUGAGACAGUUCCUAUCGGAACCGAAGCAGGCUGGAGCCCUGCAUGCUGCUCUCCCUGUCCUCUGGGCACAUGGCACCGCAGCACAGGGCACUGGACCUCUGGGCCAGCGUGGGACCCGCUCCUCCCCCUGUGCAUCCCCGAGCUUUCCAGCACAGUGCCACGGAUACUGCCAGCCCUGGUGACAGCCAGGGGCUGCUUGCACCCACAGGCUCAAGGUGGCCCCAGGUACCCUGGGGCAGGAGCACUUUGCCACCCUGUGCAGCUGCCAGCUGCACUAACGAGGCUCUGGGAGUGCGGCCACCAGGCUCCUGCUAACUGCUUCGAUGACAGCGCGCGGCGGCUGGGGGACGGCCAGCACUGGUCUGGCCCCACCCUGGAAGCAGCAGUCCUGUGCCAAGGAGCACUGGGUUGGCACCAGGGCUGGCACCGCUCCUGGGAGUGGUCAUCGAGACUGGGGGUCUCCAGUCACCUCAGGGGUACCCGAGACGCACUCACCCCUUUCCUUGCUUCCAGCAGACGGUGUGGGCAGGGCGGAGGGCACCGUGCCAGCAGAGCCCGCUGACCCCGAUGGGACGGACCCCGGAGCCAUCAGCCUGCACCCCGUGGCGUCCAUCAGUGACCUGCACUGGGCCUUGGCUGGGCACAAGGGCACAGAAGGGAACGGCCCGACUCCAUCCAGUGCCCGGCUGCACCGUGCACCCCGCGGUCCCCCACACCUGCCCACACUGCGCCCCGUGCCGCCUCCCACCGUCUGCCCCUGCCCCGGGCACCCCUUCUUCCUUGCCCUACUGGGCCUCCUGGCACUGGCCAGCCUGGUCCUGGCCACGCUGGCCAUCUACCUGAGCGUGCUGCAGAGCCAGUCGGUGCAGGCGCUGGCCCAGUGGCUGGAGAGCCAGGAGGACGCCAUGCGCCAGUUGCGGGCGGCCAGCGGGCAGCUCUGGGCUCGCCUCAACGCCAGCGCCCAGAGCCACUGAGCUGCCCCACAGAGCAGCCCUGUAUGGAUCGCCCCAUCCCCGGGACACGCAGAGGCAACCCUGGCCCCACCACGCGCUGCUGGAGGAAGGGAAGGGCUGCGAGGAUGGGCACCUGCACCAGCAGGAGGCACCCUCCCAUCACCUUAUCAUUACCUCCUGCCAUUGAGGCUUAGGAAGUCGCCAUCACGGCCACGUUCCCAGGUGCCUGCUGCUGCUCCCCCAGCACACGGCGGUGCCAGGAUGGCCCCGGGAGGCACGGAGCACCGGGGUCGGCCCCGUGGGCUGUGCCACGUUAGGGAAGCCAGGGGCCAUAGCAGACAGCUGGCAUGGCACAGAGCGCGACGGCACCCUUUGCCUCUCCUGUUAUCUUAUUUUUGGUUAAAAAAAUAAAAAAGAGGGGGCAACCCCCAGUGGGGCAGCCCCAGGCAUUGAAUACCCCGCUGUACAUGUAUGCUGUUGGUAGCUAACGCUCUGAGCUGGGCACGAGGCAGCACUGUCUUGAUGGCAUGAGUCCUCCUGCCAAGUCCUCCUUCCUGUCCCCAUCCUCGUUCCCAUCCUUGUCCCAUCUCUAACUCCAUCCCUGUCUCCUUCACAGUGACUCAUCCCUGCCCCAUCCCUGUUGAACCCACACUUACCCCCAGCUCUGGCACUGUCCCUGUCCUGUCUGUCCUCAUUUCUGCCCCAGCUCUUUGCCCAGCUCCAUCCUAUUCCUGCCCCAUUUCUGUCCCCAUCCCACAGUGUCUCAUCCCUGCCCUAUCCCUGUCCCACCCCUGUAACCAUCCCCGUGUCCAGCUGUGUCCCCAGCUCUAUCCAUGCCCCAUCCCUGUACCCCUACUUCUCAACUCUAUCCCCACCCAUUCCAUUUCUGUCCCCAUUCCCAUCCCUAUCCUAUUUCUGUCCCCAUCUCAAUUCCUAUUCUGUCUCCAUGUUUCAUUUUCAUUCACGUUCCUGUCCCAUCACUGUCUCCAUCCCCGUCCCCAUUUUUGUCCCCAUCCCCAUCCCUAUCCCUGUUACGCUUUUGUCCCCGUCUCUGUUUCAUUUCUGUCUCCAUCCCUGUCCCAUCCCCGUCCCCUCCCCGCACCCCCCGCCCGUCGCUGUCGCUAUCGCCUUUCCCCGCCCAUUCCCCGCACUUUCGUUUCCAGCGGCCGCUCAAUCGUAUCGGAACCGAAACUGACGCAGAAUCGAAAUCGGCUCCAGAACCGAAACCGAAAGGGCGGCCGCCGCGUCACCGUCCCUGCGCUCCCAGCGGGGCUGCGGGGGACGCCGCCAGUGCUCCGUGCCGGCUGCGGGAUGGCACAUCCCGGGGUCCUGGGAG